AGAGGUCUUCACUCCCCCAAGCCCAAACCUGGAGCCCUGCAGCGCCAUCAGCGGCAGUAUCUUCCUAUUUGAGGGACGUCUCUUAUUAAUCAGAAACGCUGAAUGGAAACCAAUCAGAUAGAGAGUUCCUUUGGCUUCAGCUUCCUGCCUGUCUGAGUUAAAAGUGAUGCUCGAAGAGAAAGCCACACUGAGAUGCAUGAAGAUUCAGCUGUGAAGAUACUAUAAAAAGAGAGGAGAAGGACCGAGACAGAAGGAACAACGGAAUUGUCAGUGCUGAGUAGUGCUAAACUCCGUUCCAUUGUUAAGCAAGGAAAAACAAAUAAUACAUUGAAUUUGACACACCGAAGUCACAGAUAAUGAGGACUUACCAUUGUAUACCAUUAUUCAUCUGGACCUAUAUGUGCCAUACAGUUGACACCAUCCUAUUACAAGAAAAAGCUAACGGUUAUUUAUCAAGCAAAAAGAUAGCAGGUCUGACAAAAGAUGAUGGUAAAAUGCUGCGUCGCACCAAGCGUGGCUGGAUGUGGAAUCAGUUCUUCUUAUUGGAAGAGUACACAGGUACUGAUACACAAUAUGUAGGCAAGCUUCACACUGACCAAGAUAAAGGAGAUGGAAAUUUAAAAUACAUACUAACAGGAGAUGGGGCUGGCAGUCUAUUUGUUAUAGAUGAAAAUACAGGAGACAUUCAUGCUGCAAAGAAACUAGACAGAGAAGAAAAAUCUCUGUACAUUCUUCGUGCCAAGGCUAUAGACAGAAAAACUGGGCGGCAGGUGGAACCGGAAUCGGAAUUUAUCAUUAAAAUUCAUGAUAUCAAUGACAAUGAGCCAAAAUUUACAAAAGACUUAUACACUGCCAGUGUUCCUGAAAUGUCUGGAGUCGGUACAUCUGUUAUACAAGUGACAGCAACUGAUGCAGAUGACGCCAACUAUGGAAAUAGUGCCAAAGUUGUCUAUAGCAUAUUGCAAGGACAGCCAUAUUUUUCAGUGGACCCAGAAUCAGGUAUAAUAAAAACUGCAUUACCAGACAUGAGCAGAGAAAAUAGAGAGCAGUACCAGGUUGUUAUACAGGCCAAAGACAUGGGCGGCCAGAUGGGAGGCCUUUCUGGAACGACCACAGUCAACAUCACGCUGACAGAUGUCAAUAACAAUCCUCCUCGAUUUCCACAGAGUACGUAUCAAUUUAAUUCUCCUGAGUCUGUACCUCUUGGAACUCAUCUUGGAAGGAUAAAAGCCAAUGACCCUGACGUGGGGCCAAAUGCAGAGAUGGAAUAUAGCAUUGCUGAAGGAGAUGGUGCAGACAUGUUCGAUGUCAUCACUGACAAGGAUACACAGGAAGGGAUUAUAACUGUCAAACAGAAUUUAGAUUUUGAAAAUAAAAUGCUCUACACUUUAAGAGUGGAUGCCAGCAACACUCACCCUGAUCCACGAUUCUUACACCUGGGACCUUUCAAAGACACGGCUGUGGUCAAAAUAUCUGUGGAAGAUAUAGAUGAACCUCCUGUGUUCAGCAAAGUCUCUUACUUGAUAGAAGUAGAUGAAGAUGUAAAGGAGGGCAGCAUCAUUGGACAGGUUACAGCGUACGACCCAGAUGCCAGGAACAAUUUAAUAAAAUACUCUGUUGAUCGGCAUACUGAUAUGGACCGUAUUUUCGGCAUCCACUCAGAAAAUGGCUCUAUUUUCACUUUGAAAGCCCUUGACCGGGAAUCAUCUCCUUGGCAUAACAUCACUGUUACAGCCACAGAAAUAAAUAACCCAAAACAAAGUAGCCGCAUUCCAGUCUUCAUCAGAAUUCUAGAUAUAAAUGACCAUGCUCCGGAAUUUGCCAUGUAUUAUGAAACAUUUGUUUGUGAAAAUGCAAAACCUGGGCAGUUGAUUCAGACUAUCAGUGUCAUGGAUAAAGAUGACCCUCCCCGAGGUCACAAAUUCUUUUUUGAACCAGUGCCAGAAUUUACUCUCAAUCCGAAUUUCACUAUCGUAGAUAAUAAAGAUAAUACGGCAGGGAUCAUGACUCGAAAAGAUGGCUACAGUCGCAACAAAAUGAGCACCUACCUAUUGCCCAUUUUAAUCUUUGACAACGAUUAUCCGAUUCAAAGCAGCACUGGCACACUCACAAUUCGUGUGUGUGCCUGCGAUAGUCAAGGAAACAUGCAAUCCUGCACUGCAGAAGCCUUGAUUCUUUCAGCCGGCCUGAGCACGGGAGCUCUCGUCGCGAUUCUGCUCUGUGUCCUCAUACUGCUUAUUUUAGUCGUGCUGUUUGCUGCAUUGAAGAGGCAAAGAAAAAAGGAACCUCUGAUAAUUUCAAAAGACGACGUCCGGGACAACGUUGUGACCUACAAUGAUGAAGGCGGUGGGGAGGAAGAUACCCAAGCUUUUGACAUUGGCACAUUAAGGAAUCCAGAGGCGAGAGAAGACAGUAAACUUAGACGGGAUGUAAUGCCUGAAACGAUUUUUCAGAUCAGGAGGACUGUGCCUCUGUGGGAAAAUAUUGAUGUACAAGAUUUUAUCCAUCGAAGAUUAAAAGAAAAUGAUGCAGACCCAAGUGCACCUCCAUACGAUUCACUGGCAACAUAUGCCUAUGAAGGGAAUGAUUCCAUAGCAGAUUCACUCAGUUCUUUAGAAUCUCUUACAGUUGAUUGUAACCAAGAUUAUGAUUACCUCAGUGACUGGGGGCCUCGUUUUAAAAAACUUGCUGAUAUGUACGGGGGUGAUGAUAGUGAUCGAGACUAAGAGGAUUGUUUGAUUUGGUCAUUUUAGUGGGAGUACUAUGUUAUUAGAUUGAGUGGCCUGAAUUAUCACCCUGGAAGGAAAUUUUUCAAAAAAUUGAAAUUACAAACAAUACAUAGGUGUUGUCUUAGUGGGGACUUGCUUAAUCAGUAAGUAUUCGUGAAUGAAUAUGAAUGACAUAGAUUUUUUAAAAAGUAAUAAUCAGUUCACCCUCUUUGCCUAACAAUCUCGGAAGGAAAGUAUAUCACAUCAAUAAUCAAUAAAAAUACUUAAAAGGC